AUGUUUCUCUUGUUUCUCUGGAAACAAUUAACAUAUAUAUGGCACGAUUUCCAAGGUGCUCCCCCGCAGCCUUCGAGUGUGCCAACGCAGGUUCCCCCGGUGCCUUCGACUUCGAAUGUGCCCACGCAGCAGGCGAGUGGCCCUUCCACGGAGACGCCACAGCAGCCAUCGGUGACUCCGACGGCGAAGGCUAAGGCAAAAGCUAAGGGCGGGAAGAAUGCCAAGGCCGAAAAUCCCAAGGCAACUUGGGAUCUCAGGAAGGCGAAGCUCAGUACGCUCGAUAAACUGGCCUUCCCUCUCGUCGACCGCGUCGAGACGAAGAAGCUGGUCGAAAGCUCCGUGCUGGCAAAAGCAGGCCAACACGCAAAGCUGUGCGUGCAGCUCAAGGGCCACGAAGCCAGCACAAAGGCUGUGGAAGACCUCGACAAGGCGAAGGCAGCCUUGGAGAGCGCCUGGCAGGACGUCAAAAACGUCUCCAUGGAGGAUGAUGAGACCACCUGGGUCGAUGCGAUGAAGGCGUGUGCGCGGAUGUACAUUUUCUACAACACCAAAGAGGACACAUUCUCUGAAGCUCUGCCUUUUGCGCGGGAGGAUAGUUGGCACACAUUAUCAUGCAUGAGGCCUGCUUCGUCAUCUUCUGCGAAACCUCUUCGACUAAAGAGGGCUGCGCAGAAACUGUAUGAUCGUGCAGCCAAGCGUCCCAGAAAUUCGGACGUGCUGGAGAACGCCCCGGAACAUCUGAAGGAUGAUCGGUCCUACUCCAACCUGGAACAUAUGUUACAAACGCCAAUGGCCGGCACGGUCUUGGGUGGUUUGGCCAAGAAAGGUGCCGAUAUCAAGUGGCUUUGUGGCGACGUGUGCGGUGCUGCAGUAGACGAGGGGUCGAAAUACUUUCAAACCCGCCGCUUAUCUACAAUCCGGAAAGAAGACACUUUCCACCGGAAGAUCCAAAAGGACCUGCCGAAGGUGCAUACAGUUUCCUUGCCUGUACAAGUACGCAAGAAGCUGGGUGAGAAGUCCUUCAGUGUCCUGCCUGAUUGA